AUUGCAAUCAGUAACGUGGCUCCGCCACUGGAUAUCUGCAAAGCAUCCUGGAGGCGCCCUGCCAAGUUGAACAUUUGGGGGUUUGGACUCGUAAGCUGAAAUGACAUUGGCACGUAUGGCCGUUCGCACCUGCAACCUUAUUCAUCGCUCCUUCGCUUCCAUUCCUCACUCAAACACUCUCCACUCUCGCCAGAUAAGCAUGGAUGCACAAAGCAUUGCAGCUCAGCUGAAUAAUUCUGGCUUCUUACGAAAUCAGGGCCUUGUUGGAGGGAAAUGGACUGAUGCAUAUGAUGGGAAGACUAUAAAGGUUUGCAACCCUGCUACUGGCGAAGUUAUAACAAAGGUCCCAUGCAUGGGUGGAAGGGAAACAAAUGAUGCAAUUGCUUCGGCCUAUGAUGCAUUUAGUUCUUGGAGCAAACGUACUGCUGCUGAAAGGAGCAAAUGCCUAAGGAAAUGGUAUGAUUUAAUGAUUGCCCACAGAGAUGAGCUUGGCCAACUUAUAACAUUAGAGCAAGGAAAGCCCCUGAAAGAAGCCAUUGGUGAGGUUAUCUAUGGGGCCAGUUUUAUUGAGUUCUUUGCAGAGGAGGCUAAACGUGUAUAUGGUGAUAUAAUUCCAUCCACCCUAGCUGAUCGUCGGCUGUUUGUUUUGAAGCAGCCUGUUGGUGUUGUUGGCACAAUUACGCCCUGGAAUUUUCCCUUGGCUAUGAUUACUCGAAAGGUUGGUCCUGCCCUUGCUUGUGGUUGUACAGUGGUUAUAAAGCCCUCUGAACUUACACCAUUAACUGCUUUAGCAGCAGCGGAGCUCUCCCUCCAAGCUGGGAUACCACCGGGCGUUGUCAAUGUGGUUAUGGGAAAUGCUUCUGAUAUUGGUGAUGCUUUAGUUACAAGCCCACAGGUAAGGAAGAUCACAUUUACGGGUUCAACAGCAGUUGGUAAGAAAUUGAUGGCAGGUGCCGCUGGGACUGUCAAAAAGGUAUCUCUAGAACUUGGUGGCAAUGCACCUUGCGUAAUAUUUGAUGAUGCAGACCUGGACGUGGCAUUAAAGGGGACUCUAGCAACGAAGUUCCGUAACAGUGGACAGACAUGUGUAUGCGCAAAUAGAAUAAUUGUGCAAGAAGGUAUUUAUGAGAAAUUUGCGAGUGCCUUUACAAAUGCUGUCCAGAAUCUCAAUGUUGGGGAUGGUUUUGGUGAGGGCGUGGCCCAGGGUCCACUAAUUAAUGAAGCUGCAGUACAGAAGGUUGAAUCAUUUGUGCAAGAUGCCAUUUCAAAGGGAGCAAAAGUUCUUCUUGGGGGUAAGAGACAUGAUCUCGGAAGGACAUUUUACGAGCCUACAGUACUAACUGAUGUCAAGAGUGACAUGCUCAUUUCAAGGGAGGAAGUAUUUGGACCAGUUGCACCCCUUUUGCAAUUUAGAACUGAGGAAGAGGCUAUUGGUAUUGCUAAUGACACCAAUGCAGGGUUAGCCGCUUACAUAUUCACAACAAAUGUUCAACGUUCUUGGCGCGUCGCUGAAGCUCUUGAAUAUGGAAUUGUUGGAGUUAACGAGGGACUGGUUUCAACAGAGGUGGCUCCAUUUGGUGGCUUCAAACAGUCUGGUCUUGGACGGGAAGGUUCCAAGUAUGGGAUGGACGAAUAUUUGGAAAUUAAAUACGUGUGUUUGGGGAACAUGAAUUUUAAUUGACGCUCAACCUUUGCAUGCUGAGGAUUUGCAAGCUCGGUUAUUCGACAUUAGAAAGAGCCCUACGUCUGGAGGCAUCUUGGAGGGACAGUUCGAGCCUUGUGUAAAAGAUGAGUUGCUGAUAGAUGUUUACUGCGUAUGUAUCUAAAUAAGUUCCAAAGACGAGCUAGGGAAUAGAUCCUUACUGUCAAGUUAUAUCUAAUAAUAAAUGGGAGGUUGUCUAUGACCAUUUUUUUAGUUAUGGUGUGCAUGUGAACACCACUGCCUUUUGAAGGCAUACCAUAGCAUAGCUAUUGUUGUUGUUAGCAUGGUAAUUCUUUAGGCUUGUUCCUUUUAGCAAAGGAUAAUUGGUGAAUAUAAUAAUAAGGGUAAA